GCGCAUUCUCCGGCUCUACUGUGAAGAAUGGGAAGGAGUGGGCGCGCGCAGCUGUCACUCCCGGAGUUUUUCCUCCCCUCGUGCAGUCCGUCCGUUCAUCCGUGCCACGCUGAGAGAAAAGAGCCCCGAAUCUCGUGCCACUGUUCGCGUUCUCGGUGAUAUACCGCAAAAGAAAGAAUGGGAGGCAAGCUCAGCAGGAGGAAGAGUGAAUCUACUGCCGGGUCGGAGGGCGCUCCCGCCACCGACCCCGCCGCCGUGCCAGCAGAGGGCGCUGCCCCUGAGGAGGCCACUAAGGAGGUGACGGCAACUGCAGAGGAUGCGCCCGAGGCGGCCUCGGAGGAGGCCAGUGCCGGACCCCUGGCGGGCGUCCUGGAGUCGAUGAGCCAGACGGUUCAGGAGACAGUGAGCGCGGCAACAGAGCAGGUGAGCGUGGCAACAGAGCAGCUCCCGACAGCCCUGCAGGCUCCCGUGGACGACGCCAUAAAGACCGCCUCGGACAGCGCCAUGGGCAUGGUGGAUUCCAUGAUGGCCGCCCUGAGCGUGAAGGAGGAGGCCAAGGAGGAGCCUGCUCCGGAACCAGAACCUGCUGCCAUUCCAGAGCCCACACCAGAACCAGCCACCAUUCCAGAACCAGUUUCCAUUCCAGAGCCCGCUCCAGAACCAGAGCCUGUGGCAGUUUCACAGCCGGAUCCAGAACCUGUGCCUGAACCUGAACCCGCUGCUCCUGAACCCGAACCCGCUGCUCCUGAACCCAAACCAGUUCCUGAGCCCAGCCCUGAGCCUGAGCCGCUGGUGGCUCUGUCUGAGGAGCCCGCCCCUGAACCCGCCGCCCCCGAACCUGCGCCUGCCUCUGCCCUGGACGACCUGAUGGCCGAGCCUGUUCCAGAAGCGCUCAUUCCCACCCCCGAGCCAGUCCUGGCUGCUGUAGAUGACCUGGCUCUGCCCGAGGUGCCCAGCCCCCCUGCGGAGGAGGAGCUCCCCCUGCCCACAGAGGUGGCCGACAGCAUCCAGGACACGCUGGAGCAGUGCGCGGAGAGCUCCCCGCUCGACAACCUCCAGCAGGUGACCGGACUGAAAGUGGACUUGAGCCCUGCCGACGACGGGAUGCUGGUCCCCGAUGACCUGGCGGGCGUGGCUGGGGAAGCCCUCACAACCGCCUCCGGCAUCGCCAACGACCUCAUCUGAGCACAGCACUGUGCAUACACACCACACACACACACACACACACACACACACACACACACACACAGAGCCCUCCCCCUCCUACACACACUACAGGACUGAAGAGUGCACGUGUGCGUGUGUGUGUGUGUGUGAGCGGUUUAGACGUAGUGUGACGUUUUAGUUCUGUGAGUAAUGACGUUGGGUUCAGUGAGGGCUCGGUGGGCUGGGGGGGGGGGGGGGGUGCUAAGAGAAAGGGAAUUAUGUACAAAUACUGAUCCUGUCUGUAAACUGUCGGAGGGAGGGUGUGACGUGACGUGACGCCUAUGCUCAAGUCCUUUUGCACGCCACGCCGCGCUGCGCUGCACUCCGCAGACGGCAUCCCAGCAGUCCUGAACGAGUGGCGUUAGAUUUGUAUAGGAGGCGACCCCAGUGAGUUUUAAACCAUGUUAACUCGAAUCAGUGUUUAUUCUGUCCUGCUCUCUCUGUCUCUCUCUCACUCACUCUCUCCCUCUCUUCUCUUUCCUGCUUUCUCUGUAUGUAUUCUGAAUCGGUGUGAAGGAAAGUGGCCUUAUGUGUUUGUCGCCAGAUGGAAUGUACUUGUCAACAGCUGAUGACUACGAUGGUGAUUCGGGAAAAUAAAAUAUGAUGGUUAUGUUAACAA